UCUAGGCAAAAUCAAUGCCCCUAACUCAAAUAUUGAAUAAUAUCUACUAAAUUCUUUCAACCUAUUUCAUCCGGUUAGCUCUUAACCCGUUCAUAACCCAUAUCUACUAACUCCACUCCACUCCGCCGACGACCAUGCUUUCCGGCAUCUUAUUUCACGCCGCCGUCUCCUUCACCGCCGCCAUCCUCGCCUGCUUCCUCGACCUCCCCGUCCUAACACUUCGAGGUCUCCACACAUACAUCCACCCCGACUCACUCCCCGCCAACGAUGGAACCAAAGCCCUUCUCCGCCGCCCCGACGUAGUCGCAUCCUCCCUCCCCGAUCCCAAACGUAGAUCCCGAUCAAAGGAUUCCCAACUUGCUUUCGAUGAAUCCAAGGCCCAGCUCUUCCGCCUCCGCCUCGCCGAUUCUCUCCUGCCAUCUCGCCUCUUCUUCCACUCCUACCCCUUUCUUUCAUCCUUCAUUUCUCUCUCCAAUAUCGCUAUCUGCAUUAUCUUCCCGUUGUCCGAUCCCUUUGCCUCACUCUUCUUCGCCGCCGUUCUUAUUUCAGCUUCCCAUCUCCUCGUGUUGCUCCUUAUGUUUUCCCUCGAACGCUCCGCCUCCAGCAUCUCGGAGCGCCGGUUUAGCCUUUUGUCUGCUUUGAUCAGCUUCCUUUCAACGUUCGUCAUUCUUAUCUACUUAUCUCCCUCUGUCUUCGACUUCCGAGUCCCUGGUGCUGUUUCGCCUGCUGCAGCCUGCCUUGCCGGCUUCCUUGGCGGUAUUCUCUUCACGCCCGCUGGACGAGCAGCUCGGUCCUUUUGGCUUGGCACCGAUCAGUUGCGUUGGAAUCUCUCUGUUGUCUCCUGCGGAACAUUUGCCCGUGUAUUCCUCUACGCUUCCGUUAUCUUGAGCUUGUUCUCCUCGCUUCUUUGGGUCAAACCUUUAGCUUUGGCAGAGCAUUUUGAGGAUUGGAGAGUGUGGGCAUUGGCAGCAGCGGCUGGCUCACAACUUCUGGUGCUGCGCAAUAAUGUUCAGAUGUAUUUGAAUGAGCCGGUGUUGUGCUGGUACCAGCGGUUACAUUCCAGUAGGGUUCCGGACCUGGAUUAUGGUCGGGCAAAGGUUUUUUUACACAACCACUAUGUUUGUCUUGCUGUUAUUCAAUUCUUUGCAUCGCCAGUGCUGGUGUUGCUGCUUGCUGGGUUGUCUCAGAUUAGAGGUAAUUUGUUUGGUGGUAUUCCUUUUGCUGGUGGACUAAUGGAAUGCUCUGAUCUUGUAAAGGAAAUGGCUUUGUUUAUAGCCUGGUGGAUCAUGUUUAUUCGGUCAAUUUUGAUGAUGUUGUUGCUAGCGCUUCAGAGGUGUGGUUUUGCAUUUGUUUCAUGACUUCUAUGUCUUUCCAAUGAAAAUUUCAUUUUUUCUU